UGAUGUUUGUGCGUCACAUGAUAGCUCACCCAUGGAUUUGCAGAGAAAUUCAUCAUCAUGGGGACCUUUAUGCACUUAUAUCCGACUUUUAAAACUUUUUUAAACGUUCGCUCAACUUAGCGAACGCUCUCAUUUGUAUUUUUUUUGCUCACAUUAAACACUUAUUUCCGGCGUUGCUAUGUUGUUAGCCAGGAAACGUUUUUUCGAGUCUGCGGUGACCAGGACGUGUCACUGAUUAACUUUCCUGAAUUAAAGUUUAUAGAGGUGCCAUUCGUCAAAAAAAAAAUUAAUUGGGAUAUCCAGAAGAAGAAAAAAAGCGACGCUUGUCUAGUUUCAAGAUGACAGAACGGACCCCUCUUCUCCACUACCGCCUCUCCACCAGCGUCAAUGAAUCCGAGCAGUGGGCAUCUCCGUCCGGCCAGGUGCCAGAGGAGCAUCCGGUCACCCGGCGCCGGUUCUCCCACUCGAGUCAACCGAAGAAACUGUCCACCUUCUUCGGUGUGGUCAUCCCAACCUUGCUGUCAAUGUUCAGCGUGGUUGUAUUUCUGAGAAUCGGUUUCUUGGUUGGCCAGUCUGGACUGUACCAAGGAAUCGCCAUGUUUAUUGUGGCCUACUUCAUAAUCUGCAUGACUGUUUUGUCAGUAUGUGCCAUCUCCACAAAUGGAGCCCUAGAUGCUGGGGGGGCCUAUUAUAUGAUCAGCCGAGCGUUGGGCCCAGAAUUUGGUGGUAGUAUCGGAAUCAUGUUCUUCUUGGCUAAUGUGUGUGCUUGUGCUCUUUAUGUGCUGGGUUUAGUUGAAGCUGUUAUUGCCACCUUUGGCGUGCCACAGGAUGGGGCACUAGCCACAUCUUCUUACCAGGUUCUGCAAUCAGGCUAUUGGUGGUCUAUGCUCUACGCCACAGUCAUCGCCCUUCUUUGUAUGCUUGUGUGCAUGGUCGGUGCUCACAUCUAUGCCAAGGCCACUUUCCUCACCUUCUUAGUGGUCAUGUUUGUCCUCGGCACAAUCUUCAUCAGCUUCUUUGCUGUACAUCCUCACACCAUCGUUCUGCCCAGUUCUGCCGACUCAAUCCCUACUGUAAAUGGAACGGGUCCCACCACAGCAAACUUUACCGGCUUCAAGUUGGACACCCUUCUAGGGAACCUGUGGGCUGACUACACUGUGGACUACACAACAGGAAAUUUGAUGACCUUUGCCACUGUUUUUGCUGUGAUGUUUAAUGGUUGCACUGGCAUCAUGGCGGGGUCCAACAUGUCAGGUGACCUCAAGAAUCCAAGCUACUCCAUUCCACGUGGUACUAUCACCGCCGUCAUCUUCACAUUCAUCAUCUACAACCUGAUCAGCCUCCUUGUGGCGUGCUCCUGUGACCGGGUGCUCCUUCAAAAGGAUUACAGUUUUCUGAGAGACAUCAACAUCUGGAACCCCUUUGUCACCAUCGGAGUUUACUCCUCCACACUUUCGGCAGCCAUGAGCAACCUCAUUGGGGCCUCACGCAUCCUCUAUGCAUUGGCCAGGGAUGACUUGUUUGGUAAGGUGUUGUCUCCUGCUAAGAAGACAUCCAGAAGUGGCAACCCAUGGGUCUCUGUGCUUAUUUCCUGGUUCCUUGUUCAACUGGUGCUGUUUUCUGGGAAGCUCAACACCAUUGCCAGUAUUGUGACCAUUUUCUUUCUGUUGGUUUAUGCUGCUGUGGACUUGGCAUGCCUCGCUCUGGAAUGGGCUUCUGCACCCAAUUUCAGGCCCACUUUUCGUUACUUCACCUGGCAUACGUGUGUGUUUGGCAUCGUGGGCUGUGCUGUCAUGAUGUUUCUCAUCAACUCAAUCUAUGCCUCGGCCAGCAUCGCUUUCAUGUUGCUGCUGCUUCUGCUGAUUCACUACCUCAGUCCAACCUCCAGCUGGGGCUACAUCAGCCAGGCUCUCAUUUUCCACCAGGUACGCAAGUAUUUGCUGAUGCUGGAUGUGAGAAAGGAUCAUGUCAAAUUCUGGAGGCCUCAAGUCCUGCUGAUGGUCUCCAACCCUCGCAGCAGUGUAGGCCUCAUCACCUUCAUCAACGAUAUUAAAAAGAGUGGACUCUACGUGCUGGGGCAUGUCCAACUUGGAGAUCUCAACACAUUACCCUCUGACCCUCUACAAUCCCAGUAUGCCUCUUGGCUGUCCCUGGUGGACCAUCUCAAUAUCAAGGCCUUUGUCAACCUGACACUGGCUGAUUCAGUGCGCCAUGGAAUCCAACACCUUCUGUUCAUCUCUGGACUAGGUGGAAUGCGUCCCAACACCCUCGUCCUGGGUUUUUAUGAUGACAGCCUCCCAAAGGACAGCCUCUCUAAAAAUCAGUCCACAGAUUUUUCAUGCCCCUCUCAAGAUCUUGAGCAGCGCCCAAAACCGUUCCAUUUUGCUUCCCUUCGGUGCAGUAGCAGGGAUGCAAAUGAUGACGUACAUGAUGGGAAGGUUUUGGGGCCCCGGGAGUAUGUAGCGAUCAUUGCAGAUGCCAUGAAAAUGUCGAAGAAUGUGGUUUUGGCCCGUUAUUUUAACAGUUUUGACCGAGCACAGGCUCUUUCAGCGGCCUCCUUCUCUCCAGGGAACGGUUUUGUGUAUGUCGACGUCUGGCCAGUCAACCUUCUGCGUCCAGACAGCACAAAUUACGUGGAUACUUGCUCGCUGUUCUUGCUGCAGCUAGCUUGCAUCCUCAAUAUGGUGCGAGCCUGGCGCAAAGCUACAUUGCGUCUCUUCCUUUGCGUGGAGGAGGGACGGAGUGUGAGAGGCUUAGAAGAGAAGCUUGGACAGCUGCUAAAAGAGCUAAGAAUUAAAGCUCAAAUCUACCCUGUGGCCUGGGACCAGCAAGUGGCGCUACACUGGCAGCGCCAAGGUGAAUGGGACAAGAGGCAAUCCUCACAUUCCCCUGAUACCAUCAAGGAAGAGAAGAAACUGGGAAAAGACGAGGAGGAGAAUGAAGAUGAUUACGCCAACAGCUUCCCGAGCAACACUACGCGGUUGUCUGAUGACUACCUGUCAGCCGUCAAUCAGCUGAUUCUAGACCAGGCCCGGCCUCCACCUGCUGUGCGCUUCCUGUACUUGCCGCACCCACCGGCUGACACUCGUCGCUACAAAUCUUACUUGCACCAGCUGGAGCUGCUGACUCACGGCCUGGGCCCCACUUUGCUCAUUCACGGUGUGACGCCUGUCAUCACCACUGAUAUUUGAACACUCCCCUCUAUGCUUUGUGUGUUCUUGAUGCCUGCUGAAACUGUUGUCUGAUGCUGACUUUUCACUCGACUAGACUGGACAAACCAUUCUUGAAAUCCGACCAAAAACUGAACAUCUCAAUAUGGACCAAACCGUAUUUUAUGGUUUUUGACUGAACACUGCGACAGCCGGUGAGAGACUGUGGAUAAGCCAGAUGUGGCCCAUGGUCCGUACUAUUCCCAGGUCUGUAAUAGGAUAUAGUAUUCAUAAUUUUUUUAAAAAUAAAGUUAAAAAGUAUUGAUAAUAAUUUUCAAUAGGCAUGUGAAGGAUGACACGAAAACACUAUAAUAAGUAUAUUUAAAAUAAACAGUGGAGAAACAAUGGGUAUGUAUCAUGAAUAUGUAACCUGGCCAACCAGUAUGAAAUGAGCCAAGAGAAGUUACAUGGGGAUAUAUCCUCUCAUCAAGAUGGGCAACCCACACCUUUUCCCUCAAAACAUUCCAUCCCUCACUAGUGAGAGGUUUCCCCUGGCCGAUACAGUCUGAGCUGAAUUUGAAGUGUCCUCUGGCUUCCCUUGGCCUGUUUUUUUUUUUUUUAACUAUUUAUUUUUUUCAUUUUUUGAGAGGGGUAGAGAUGGGUUGCCCCUAAAUUUUCUUAAAAUGAUCAUUCCAUAUGCCUUCAGAUCAAAAAGUGUUGAGCAUGUUAGCGAUCUAACGUGUGGAACUAGUCCAGCCUGAAAAUGAAGUCUGGCUCUUAAUUUUCAUAGCAGGUACACUCAAGAUAGCUGCUUUCCAUUUUAUAUGCAUGGGAAUUAUUUUAUUUUUUUUGCAGUUUUGUCCAGCAAACUGCACAGCUCACAAUGUUUACAACUUUUGUGAUUCUCUUCGUAAGUUUUAGAAUUAGUUUCCUUCAUUAGUACUGCCCGAUCAGUUUGAAUAAUUAUGUGUCAAAAUAAAAUGCAAUAUAAUUAUUUGCCUUUUACCACAGUUUUAUCUCUGCAGUGUCAUCACCGAGCAGCUCUUACUGAAGCACUAUUUCUGAGAUAAUAUUCAGUCUCUUUGUUAGCCAGUGGGCGGCACGGUGACUGGUUAGAGCGUCUGCCUCACAGUUCUGAGGACCGGGGUUCAAUCCCCAGCUCCGCCUGUGUGGAGUUUGCAUGUUCUCCCCGUUCCUGCGUGGGUUUUCUCCGAGCACUCUGUUUUCCUCCCACAUCCCAAAAACAUGCAUUGUAGGUUAAUUGAAGUCUCUAAAUUGCCCCUUGGUGUGAAUGUGAGUGCAAAUGGUUGUUUGUUUGUGUGCCCUGCAAUUGGCUGGCAACCAGUUCAGGGUGGACCCCGCCUCCUGCCCAAAGAUAGCUGGGAUAGGCUCCAGCACGCCCGCAACCCUUGUGAGGAGAAGUGGCUUGGAAAAUGGAUGGAUGGAUGGAUGUUAGCCAGUGUUAGCCAUAAAAACACUGCAAAUUAAACGUAAUUUAUGUUUAAUCAGUUGAUCCUAAAAUUCUUCAUUGCAUUGAAUUGAUAUGCUUAAUUGGGUGUUGACAUAUGAGUUGAGGUAUUUGGAGUACUUGGGGGCCAUUUGGAUCCUUUUGAUUUCCAUCGGUACGUCUCAACACUCCUCAGUAUACAAAUAUGUUAUACAACCCCAAUUCCAAUGAAGUUGGGAUGUUGUGUUAAACAAAUAAAAAGAGAAUACAAUGAUUUGCAAAUCGUGUUCGACCUAUAUUUAAUUGAAUACACUACAAAGACAAGAUAUUUAAUGUUCAAACUGAUAAACUUGAUUGUUUUUAGCAAAUAAUCAUUAACUUAGAAUUUUAUGGCUGCAACACAUUCCAAAAAAGCUGGGACAGUGUCAUGUUUACCACUGUGUUACAUCACCUUUUCUCUUAACAACAUUCAAUAAACGUUUGGGAACUGAGGACACUAAUUGUUGAAGCUUUGUAGUUGGAAUUCUUUCCCAUUCUUGCUUGAUGUACAGCUUCAGCUGUUCAACAGUCCGGGGUCUCCGUUGUCGUAUUUUCGCUUCAUAAUGCCCCACACAUUUUCAAUGGGAGACAGGUCUGGACUGCAGGCAGGCCAGUCUAGUACCUGCACUCUUUUACUACAAAGCCACGCUGUUGUAACACGUGCAGAAUGUGGUUAGGCAUUGUCUUGCUGAAAUAAGCAGGGGUGUCCAUGAAAAAGACGUUGCUUGGAUGGCAGCAUAUGUUUCUCCAAAACCUGUAUGCACCUUUCAGCAUUAAUGGUGCCUUCACAGAUGUGUAAGUUACCCAGGCCCUUGGCACUAACACAGCCCCAUACCAUCACAGAUGCUGGCUUUUGAACUUUGCGUCCAUAACAGUCCGGAUGGUUCUUUUCCUCUUUGGUCGGGAGGACACGACGUCCACAAUUUCCAAAAACAAUUUGAAAUGUGGACUCGUCGGACCACAGAACACUUUUCCACUUUUCACCAGUCCAUCUUAGAUGAGCUCGGGCCCAGAGAAGCCGGCAGCGUUUCUGGGUGUUGUUGAUAAAUUUCUUUUGCUUUGCAUAGUAAAGUUUCAAGUUACACUUACGGAUAUAGCGCCGAACUGUAUUUGCUGACAUUGGUUUUCUGAAGUGUUCCUGAGCCCAUGUGGUGAUAUCCUUUUCACAUUGAUGUCGGUUUUUGAUGCAGUGCCGCCUGAGGGAUCGAAGGUCACGGGCAUUCAAUGUUGGUUUUUGGACUUGCUGCUUAGAUGCAGUGAUUUCUCAAGAUUCUCUGAACCUUUUGAUGAUAUUAUGAACCCUAGAUGAUGAAAUCCCUAAAUUCCUUGCAAUUGUACGUUGAGGAACAUGGUCCUUAAACUGUUCGACUAUUUUCUCAUGCACUUGUUCACAAAGAGCUGAACCUCGCCCCAUCUUUGCUUGUGAAUGAAUUUAUACACAGUCAUGGAACCCACCUGUUCCCAAUUAGCCUGUUCACCUGUGGGAUGUUCCAAACAGUUGUUUGAUGAGCAUUCCUCAACUUUCUCAGUCUUUUUUGCCACGUGUCCCAGCUUUUUUGGAACGUGUUGCAGCCAUAAAAAUCUUAAGUUAAUGAUUAUUUGCAACGUGCCAACUUCAUUGGAAUUGGGGUCGUACAUUUCUUGAUGUAACUGUACAUGAUGGUUCAUGCUUAUUUGUGAAUGUAUUUAAACAAGUGGUAUGAUCAAUGCAAAUUUCUUGUUGAAAGGGUGCUCAAAGAAAUGCAAAGUAAGCUGAAUAAUAAACACUUAUUACGUCUCA